AUGGCACCGAGCCUGUUGACCCUCAAGUCUAUCAGACGACGAUCAAAGGCCAGCUUCAAGACCGAGAAGUCCGCCACAGAUGCCAACGAUACUUCGAGUGAUGCAAGCAACGGCCAGACCCCCACGACCGGCUCAUUGACACCUCCUUCGAUUGCACCGUCCGUGGCAGGCCAGUCGGAUCCCUCCCUGAACCAUCAGCUCUCUAGAGAGAAGCUCCAUGGCGACUUAUUGACCCCACCAGUCCCUCCGAUUCCCCAGUUCCGACCACCACUGCGGUCGGCUACCAAUGGGUCCAACCGGAAUAGCGUGUCGGGCAUGACGGGCCUGGGAUCGCCGUCGAUGGGAGGACGGGGACCGUACCCACAACUGCCUGUGUCGCCUUACGCGCCCCAGAUUGAUAAUGUUAGACAUGGAGCAUGGGUCUCUCAGAAAGUUCUUAUCAUCACGGGCGUCGUACCUGGGCCGGGCGGGCGGUCCAUCGAUGGUGAGGUCACAGUUUCGCGAAUAGACGACGACUACCCAGCAGUCUCUUGGCCGGUGCACGACUGUCAAUUCAAGGCACUGGUCUAUCUGCAGUCAGGUCUGAACAGGCUGCGCUUCGACUUUGCAAGUCCCAAACUUCCGCACAGCAAUACAACAAACCCGAUCCACUCUACGCAACUCACCGUCAAUGUGAUGCCUGUGUCCAAUUCUCCGCCAUUGCAGUUGGCUAUACUACUGGCAAAGGACUCGCCAGGUACUUUCGAUGCACCGCCGGCACGGGCCGAGCGAGAAGGGAACAAUUUGGAGGUAGCUACCCGGAAGUUCCGCAUGGCUGCUUAUUUAUGGCAGGCAUACACGGCUGAGCAGAUGUUCCGCAACAAGUUUGGUCGCCGCACUUUCAGGUUUGAAGAGGAGUGGACACAGGGCACGACUUGCGCCAGAGACCACGAAACCGGGCGCAUGCGCAACGAGGCUCGAAUCCACGUUAUCCGGAUGAAUAAGACGCUGGCUGAGAUCCGGGACAUGAACAUUGCGCAGCAAAAUCAGAACGCUGCGGACCAGGGCGGGCUAUUCCCGAUCGCAGCUGAGGCUGUAAGGAAGUACUUCAACCUGAAGCCAGGACAACAGCAGUAUGUUUCUUGCAUGUUCUUGGACAGCCAAUGGGACCCUAAGGAGAAGAUCAUCCGGGGCCAUGCUGCGCUUGGUAGCUCCAGCGGAGACUUGAAGUUGGCCAUCUUUGGAUCGCACAGUCUGCACAGCUACCCAACGAUGCUGGAGGAGGUCGUCCCCGCUUUCACCGACUGCACCCCCACAGACACGAAGUUCGUCGCCAACGACUGCAAUGAGGCUGGCAGCUCCUGGGAGAACGCCAAUAUUGGAAUUGGUGCGCAUCUGCACGAGACGGGCCACCUUUUCGGCUGCCCACACCAAGCCAAUGGUGUGAUGCUCCGAGAUUACGUCUACCUGCACCGGUCGUUUGUGACCCACGAGGCUUAUUGCACCCGAACAAAAUCCAAGGGCGGAUCUGUCGCCCAGGCAGACGAGUGCACAUGGCAUCGCCUUGACCUUCUACGCUUCCGGGGCCAUCCGUGCUUCUCGCUCCCUAACGACCCGCCGCGACACCCCGACGACUCCGUGCAAGCCUGGCCUAUGGAGGACGGCAAGGUGGCGAUAACAGCGCCAUCCGGCAUAUCCUUUAUUGAGAUCUACGGCGACGGAGAUGACUUGUGCACAACGUGGAUGGAAUGCCCCACUGAAGGUGAACAAAUAAAGCGACAACUCGUGGUUACCGAAGAAGACCUUCGGAAACGCCUCCCCGAGAACAAGCGCAAGGGCAAGAUAAGGCUGGCCGUGAAGUCCCAGAGCGGCGGCGAUCUGGAGAUCGAGGACGUGCGGGUCCUAUGCGGCAAGGAGAGUAAGCUGACCGUCGGCAACCCUGUGACGGGAUGGACGGCAUACCGUAGCAAGAAGUUCGGGAUGAGCCAGAUGGACGGAACUCAGCCGAUUGAAUUUGUGUUUACGAGCGCCACAAAGCAGGAGAGGGUGCUCAGUCGAAUUGUGUUUUACCAUGGCGCUGCAUUGGAUGGCGUGGAGUUCAUCUAUGAUGAUGAUUCAAGGCAAGUCUUUGGAAAGGUUGGUGGCAACGUGCAAGUCGGGGUGUUCGAUCUCGAUAUUCGUAAGGGCGAGUACAUUUCAGGCUUCCACAUCCGAUCCGGUUUCUGGGUCGAUGGCAUCCAGGUUCUGACGAGUCUGGGCAACCGUUCACCAUUUUUUGGAAACGCCCAUGGAGGAGACAUGCACACGCUCAUUCCUCCUUACGGAUACAACAUCUGCGGCGUGUGGGGAUCAUGCGCCCAGUGGAUUGAUGGCUUUGGUGUCAUUAUCCGGAAGUAA